ACAGCCUGUGAAGUCUACUUCAGACUUUGACUCAGGAGAAGAUGUUUUCAAUCAUUUUUCUGUUGAACCUGCAGGUCCAUGGCCUCUAUGCCGGCCACUCUCUCCAGUAUUAUCACACGGCAGUCUCAGCUCCAGGACAUGGGCUCCCACAGUACAUUUCUGUUGGCUAUGUGGACGGGAUACAGAUUAAAACAUACAGCAAAAGCCGGGCUGUUCCUGUGGCUCAGUGGAUGGAGAGACUGGGACCCGAUUACUGGGAGGGAGAGACACAGAAUGGCAAACAUGCAGAGGCUGUAUACACACAAAAUGUGAUGGUAGCAAUGGAUCGCUAUAACCAGACUGGAGGUCUCCAUACAUUCCAGGAGAUGUACGGCUGUGAGCUGAGGGAUGAUGGCAGUAUCGGGGGGUACUGGCAGUAUGGAUAUGAUGGGAAGGAUUUCCUGGCUCUGGAUACCGAGCGUGGGGUUUAUAUUCCGGUCACAGACCAGGCUCAGCGCAGCGCACAGAGAUGGAACAGUCCAGAGGUGCGAGCGGGGGACAGAGCCCAGUAUUACCUGCAGACUGAGUGUAUUGAAUGGCUGAGAAAGUACAUUGAGUAUGGCAAGGAGGAGCUGGACAGGAGAGUUCGCCCAGAGGUGAAGGUUUCCAGUCAGCAAUCAGAUGGGGUCACAAAGCUUCACUGCCAGGUGUACGGGUUUUACCCCCGGGAUGUGGAUGUGAUUUGGAAGAGAAAUGGGAUAGAGAUUCCAUCAGAUGAGGCCAAACAGGUCCUCCCCAACACUGAUGGCACCUAUCAGAUCACAUUCACAGUAGAAGUACCGCCAGAGGAGGGGGAGAUAUACUCCUGCCAUGUUGAUCACAGCAGCCUGAAUGAGACACUCAUUGUGAAUCCUGAUCACAGAAUGGCCUUCCCUCGUCUUCAUUAUGCUAUACCUGUUAUAGUGUUUGUCAUGCUUGGAUUUGUAAUACUGAUAAUUUGUUCAGUUUGGCGUGUUCUGUCUAUCAGGUCCAAUUCAACGUACAUCUCUUCAGCAAAGCAACUUGAAUUGAACACGACAGCUUUAAGGCCCAAAUUAACUUCCAUCCCUGCCAAAAAGCAACGUCAAUUGAACACGUCAGACAUAAGGUGACACAGGGCUAUGAAUAUAUCUAAAGGAACACGUCAAGUUGCAAAGAAAUGGUAGAUCAUGGAUUGUUUUUCUGCAUCCAACACUUUUUCACCUGAAGAGUAAAAAAGGCAUAUUUGAUGUGACAAAUAGUACAAGUCAGUAUUUAUACCCAAUAGAUUUUUACCAUGAAAUAAAUAUAAAAAUAUUUUUUAUAUCUCCUUUCCUGACAGAACGCUGUGCCAUAAAAAAAAUAAAAAAAUAGAAAAAUAUAGAAAAUAUAGUGGUUUAUCGUCACUGGGCAGGUGAGCUUGCACUUUAAUGGAGUGAUACUAAAAACUCCUGUUAUUUAAAUCUGCAUAGGAAUUUGGGAUAGCGCACAGGUAACUCUCUUUCUAUGUAUUUG